CUGUCACUAUCGGCACGGUCACACUGCAGAGGACGAACCGAAGCAAGCACAAUAUUUUUCGGUUGUUAUCUAUUAAAAAUCAACGACCAUGGCCUACGACCUGAAGAAGGAGUCGGACGUGAAGGAGUACAUUGACAAGCUGGGCGUGGAGUACCGCUUCGGUUGCUACUCCGAAAAGAAGCCGGAAGCCUGCCACCUGCUGGGCGACUAUCUGGAGGGCAUCAAGAAGGACUUCGAGAAGGCCUCCAAGGUGUACAAGUCGACGUGCGACGACUACGGUUACGCAAAGUCCUGCUACAAGUACGGCAACUACAGCUUCCUCGGAAAGGGCAAAAGCGGCAGCAAGGGCGAUCCCCGGGUGGCCUACGAGUACUACGAGAAGGGCUGCAACCUGAACGACUCGGACGCCUGCCUUCACUCUGGCCUGCUGCUCGUCUCGCGGUCCAUGCCCAAGGAGAUCGACCGCAAUGUGCCCAAGGGCUUGGAGUUCCUGACCAAGAGCUGCGACAUGAACAACGCCACCGCCUGCUUCUACCUCUCCGGCAUGCACAUCUCGGGAGUGCAAAAGAAGCCGGACCAGAGUGCGGCGCCUGCGUCCGCCGGAAGUGGGCCUGCGACGCCGCCCAAGGAGGGGAAGACGUCGCCGCUGAAGGACUCCGACUACAUUGUGCUGAAGGACAUGAAGAAGGCGUUCCAGUUCGCCCACAAGGCGUGCGAGCUGCGCAACAUGUACGCGUGCGCCAAUCUCAGCCAGAUGUACGCCCGUGGCGAUGGGAUCGAGAAGAACGAGAAGGAGGCGGAAAAGUACAAGAAGCUGGCCCUCGAGAUGCAGGACGAGGUGAAAAAGCAGCAGGAGACGCUGGGUUUCCAACAGGGCGUGGGCAUGCCCAACUAACUCGAAUUCAGUUCGACUUGAUACCUUUUCGUAAUCAGCUAAACGGCUGUUCUUUCGCCAACGCUUAGUCCAAUGUGUGUGUGUUUUCUUUUUGUUUUGCAUCCAUCUUUAUAAGGUUUCCCUUUACCAAUUACCAAUUACCCUUUGCCCUUUUGCCCCUUCCCAGUCGGUCUAACAUUAGUGGUUAAACUAACUAGCUUGUGUUUGUGAUUUCUGUGUACAUAGCCGGCAUUUGCUUGCGGCGUGAGUGAUUGAGUGAGAAGGUGUAACGAAGAGAAAUUCCUAGUUUUAAUUGUUAAAGUUAUAUAUCAAAUAACAAAUGAUGAACCCUUAAACAAUUCUGUUGAUACCUUAUAUACAAAAUAUAAAAUACAAAAUACAAACCAGUCCCAACAAAGGACGUAGACCAAAAAAACUCCAA